AUGGGUUCUAAGAAAAAGUCGGAUCAUUUGCAAAUGGAUAAGAUCUAUAAAAUCAAUUCUAUGGGGAAAAUCGAUAGGAUCUCUCUCGUAAUGAACGGUUCGCCAGAUAGACCCUUAAGCAUUUUGUUUGACAAUUUGCCAAAUGUCUAUGAAUUGAGUACUUUCAAAGAUACAAGGAUGUUUUAUCAAACCGACAUUCUAUUGCAAUGGCCCAAUCUCAAAUCUUUCAAGGCUGAGUACUCGACGAUUGCUUGGUCCCAAAUGAACUUUCCAAUGAGUUUGAAAACUCUAAAUAUUGUUGGUUUUCCAAAAACAAAUUUUGCCGGAUUCAGGUUCCCAGAAUCGAUUGAAACGCUUAUCAUGGUUGCAGAGGGCGGGCAAAGGUACUGUCUUAAAUUCCCAAUGGAGAUCUUACCAUUGAAUUUGAAGAGCUUGAAACUAGUUGAUUUUGGAAUUGUUAAUUUUUAUAUUGGGAAACUUUCUCAAUCUCUAAUACUGAUAGAUGUGACCCAUAAUUAUAUUGAAGAUUUUGGGACGAGAAUUGGUUUUUUGACUUCGAUUUCCUGGCCACCUUUGCUUGAAAGAAUUGGUCUUACUUAUUCUAAUAUUAACAAUCAAACCAUAAAGCAGCUUGACUUAAUUGGUUGGCCAGACGGUCUCAGGCUGCUUGAUUUGACCGGGAACCGUUUUUCAAGUUUAAGUUUCGUGAAUUGUCUUCCUCAAAGUUUAAGCGACCUCAAUUUAUCAAGGUGUUGUCUUAACUUUGAAUUCUUUUCGGAUCCAUUGAAAUUCCCCAAUUCGCUAACUAAACUUUCAAUGCAAAAAUGCCAUAUUAAAAGCCUAAAUCUUCUAGAGUUCCCGCCAUUGGUGGAAGAGAUAUACUUGGACUUCAAUGAAAUCAAAGACUUAAAUGGUUGUUUUAUCAGAUGGACCCAUUUGAGCAGGUUGAAAAUAAUAAGUUUGGCAUCGAAUCAAAUCUCAACUAUUCUGACUUGGUCACCUCCCAGCAGCUUGCAAGUUUUAAAUUUACAGAAUAACUUGAUAACAGAAGUUUGUGCUACGAUUUUAUUUAACCAAGGUCAAAAUACCAAGUAUUCUAAUCUAAGAAGUAUCGAUUUGGGUCAGAACAAGAUUGCGUAUAUUGACAAACACGCCAGUAUUCCUCGUAAUGUGAACAAGUUAAAUUUUGCAUCCAACCCGCUCGAUCUGGUACCUUUAAAUUCGGCUUUUUUCACUAAAAACUUGAAUGAACUCAUUUUACAAGAUACCAAGGUUAGUUGGUUAGGGUUUCGAGGUAAUUCUCCCAGGAUCCUAAUUAAAUACUUGGAGUCUUUGAACACUACAGAAGAUGAAGUUUUGUGA